AUGUCAACAAGUAGAAAACUGGAAAAUGAAUACAAUCAUUGUAUAUACAAAAUGAUGUAUACUUUAGCCAAGAGAUGUGUAAAGGCUAUAACAGGAGAAUCAGUCGAUCAUUAGAAAUUCGCAGCAUUGGUAGGCAAAUAAUUUGGUAUAUUAACGAAAUUGGAAGAAGAGAGGUCGAUUCAAUUUAAAUUUUCGGAAUCUUUGUCAGAAUUAACAGAGUUACUUGGAUUGUAUGGUACAUAUUUAAAUAUUAGAGAGGAAAAACAUGAUAUCAUACGAAUUAGUUAAUAAAAAUAGAAAGUUCAAAUACAAUAGUAACCGAAGCUGUUAGAACAUAGUAGGAAAAAUUUAAAUCCUAUUAAGAAUGUUUCGAAAUCCAUAGAUCAAUCCACUGUCAAAUAGGUGGCAAUAGUGAGACCGGAAUCCGAUUUGAGAGAUAACAAAGAGAGCAGGGAUAGUUCCUAUGUUAAGGAGAUGAAGGAGAUAAAUCAAAAUAUUCCCAGGAAUUCCUUUUUUAUUCAGAGGAGAUCAAUACAAACUGAAAAUGGAGCUUAGAAAACCUUGGAGUAGAAAGAGCGAGAGUUUUUGGAAAGAUUCAGACAGAGAUUGGAAGAUCAUUGA